AUGGCAACGUACGAUAGACGUGAAUGUGUCAUACGAUCGUACGAUCUUCAAAUUGUUUCAUACUAAUUUCUAUAAUGUUUUAUUACUGUUGAUUCCUGUAAUAUCUUAAGUUGUUCUGGAUUUGUGAGAGAAAAAAGGUAAUAACAGUAAUUACGAUUUAAUCGUGUUGAGAUUUUAUAUCUAAUUUUCGUUUCAAGACUGAUUAAUUGACCUCUGUAUAAUAUGAUUUAACAUUGAAUUAAAUAAAUAAAUAAAUUCAAUUGAGCGUUAGAAUAACAACUAGAAAUUACGUAUUAUUAUACACUAUUUGCUUGUAUAGGAGAAUCACGACAGAAUUAUGAGGCUAGUGUGAUACCCUGGCGGUACAAACAGACGCAAGUUACAAAAUACAAAAAUUGUUGUUCACGAGUUACAAAGAUACUUGACAAUUCACUCUCGAAUCUCAUCAAUAAAGAUGUGAAACCUAUUGAAACAUUCGAAGGGCAGCCGUAAGUAUAUUUUAGCAAAUAUGAUUAUCACGUUCGAUCUGAAUCUGAAAAAGAAUUGUAGACAACUUGGAAAACCAUGUUAAUCUUUUAACAAACGCAAAACAAACAAUUGAUUGUGAUUAUUCAUACAUGCACAUAAUAGAUAAUCACUUUCCAUACAUAUUAAAUUAUAUAUAUAUAUAUAUAUAUAUAUAUAUAUAUAUAUAUAUAUUAUUUAGAUAAUCGUUCUGUUUUAUUAAAAAUAUUAAAUCUCUCCGACAUUCUUAGUAUUUCAACAAUCUUUAUUUUCAUUUGUUAUUUUCACGGACCAGAGUAAAACGAUGAUCCAAUUCACCGGAAAAAAAAAAAAAAAAUGGCGCUGCGUGUGUCGCGGACGAUCUUAUCUCGUCAAAAUUCCUGGACUUAAUAAUAAUUUAGCUGAAUCAUUUUUCACACUUAGUUGUAUCACAAUUGCGAAAUUUAUUAUCAUAAAUAAUUUAAAUUUUCUUUGACCUCUAAAUUAAUGAGUACUGAAUCGAUAAUAGCUGUUAAUGUAUGAUCGUAAAUUAUUCUGAAGAGACGUACGAAUCACACGUUCGUAGACCGUUCAAAUUAAAACUUUUCACAUUAUUUCUUAUUGAUCGCAAAUGUUCUUCUAUGAAAUUUUUUACGGUAAAACUUUAAUAAACACAAGCGCAUGAUCUGCGAGGUGCACGGCAAACAUUGUUGAUAUUUAAUUAAUCUCUGAACAUUAUCUAACUGUCGGUUGAUUAAUCUCGACGUCCAAUAAAAGAACAAGUAGAAGUAAUCAUCAAAUCAACAUGUAAUUAUUAAUCCUUUCUAUAAUUCACGUAAUUAAUCCCUGCCAAUUUUCCUGUCGUAUAUUAAUAAAUAUGAAAAAAAGAACCUAAUGAGAGUUUACUGUGUUUGUUAGAGAUCAAAGACUGCACUGAAAAUUGUUUCAAUAUUUUUAUUAUAAAUUCUCUCCUAUAAGCAAGACUGACAAUUUACAGUGUAUAAUGCCAACCUGA